AAUCUGUACCCAUUUCAGUUAUCUUUGUUUAAUACCCACUGUCCCCCAGAAUUAACAGUUAUGGUGUAUUUGCCUCUAUUUAUUUGCAGGCAAGAGGUGUCAUUAUGCAUGAAUUGGAACGUCCCUAAUUCCACACCCCAAAAAGCUAAGGAUGAUGAUGGUUACGAGAUCUCUUCAACUUUGUAUCUUACUUGUUUGCUCUUUGACCAUCGUCACAAUUAAAUGUGCAAAAGCAACCCAAACCCCAGAUUUAUAUAAUGUCACAACAACAAUAGUUCAUAGUGCCGUGUCAAAAGGAGCAGUGUGCUUGGAUGGAUCACCUCCAGCAUACUAUUUUGAACCAGGAUUUGGAGAAGGAGUUGAAAACUGGAUUGUACAACUUCCUGGAGGAGGAUGGUGUGUAAACGCUACAAACUGCGCAAAACGUGCCAAUGGCAGGCUUGGUUCAUCAAAACAUAUGAAUCCAAUGGAAUUUCAAGGAAUUCACAGUAAGAAUAAGAUUGCAAAUCCAGAUUUUUACAAUUGGAACAAAGUCAUUGUUGCAUACUGCGAUGGUGGAUCGUUCAUAGGAAAUGCUGAACAUGUUGAUCCAGCUACCAAUAUGCAUUAUAGAGGGGCAAGGAUUUAUACUGCAGUAAUGGAGGAGCUGCUUGCAAAAGGAUUAAAGAAUGCCAAAAAUGCCAUCCUAGCUGGUAGUUCUGCUGGCUCAUAUGCAGCAAUAUUAUACUGUGAUCGCUUCCGCAGUUCAUUGCCAAAAACCUCUAGAGUGAAAUGUUUGGUUGAUUCUGGCUAUUUUGUUCAUUUCAAGGAUCCUGUGCUCGCAAAACCUUGGGAAACCUAUCACCUUAAAGGACUCGCCACUGUACAAGAACCUUUCAAAACGUUACCGAAAGCAUGCACUUCAAAAAUGAAACCAGAAUUGUGCCUCUUCGCAGAGAACAUUCAACAAUAUACCAAGACACCGAUUUUUAUUUUCAUGUCAGCAUUUGAUAAUAUCGUGAUAGCAUAUACUUUAACAGGAAGUACAACAUAUGCGUGCAUUAAAAACGGGACAUGCACAAGAAGUGAGAACAAUACCAUACAAGGAAUGAGGUCCGAUUUCUUAAAUGCAUUACCAAAAGGAAAUCCUAAACUAAGAGGAGUUUUCAUUGACGCAGUCCCUCAUCAUACCAACAUUUUAACAAGGUGGACUCUUCAAAAUUCCACCGUGAUUCAUAAUGUGUCUGCCCCAAAGGCAUUUGCUGAUUGGUACUUUGAUCGGAAUUACACAUAUUUGAUAGAUGAACAUAACUUGCCAGUCCCAGAUAUAGUCCCAAAGUAGCUCAUUGAUGGGCAGCCCAAUAAGGAGGAUAAUCUUUUAUAAGCUUGUGUUUAUUUAUUCCAAGAAAAGAUGUUCAAAAUUCAUCAAUUGCUGACAAUGAAACUUUUUGAUGUAUAUGUAAACUGUUUCCCAUAUAUACCAAAUCCGAUGACAAGGAGAUCCCUUUGACAAAAGUAAUCAAAAACUUCUUGCCUCCAA